AUGGGUUCUUGCAGCAGAAGAACAGAGGAUGGAUACUCCAAAUUUCCAGGCUUUUAUGAAUGUGUUGAUGACUCUGUUCUAAGAGUUGGGAUGCUUAAAAUCCCCGAAGAGUUUUGCGAGAACUUUGAAGGGAAGGUCCCUCAGCGGUGCCUUCUUCAUAGUCUCUCCGGAAUUUGGCCUGUUGAUGUGAAGGGGCUUGGUGGAGAACUCUUCUUAGAAAAGGGUUGGAACCAAUUUUCAGUCGGAAAUCGUUUAAAAAUUGAUGAAUUUGUAGUGUUUCAUUACAUUGAACGUGCAAAGUUCUUAGUUGAAAUCUAUGGACACGAUCACUGCAGUAAGAUGUCAAGGGCCAGGGAAAGUAACGGUCUUCUUGUUGAUCAUGAUGUUAUUAAUAUUGAUUCUGAUUCUGUUACUACAAUGAGCUUGGUGUCUGAGACUGAGUCUCCUAGGGAAUCCACUUCUGCAAAAAGAUUGUCAAAGAGAAGAAGACGUCGUAAUAAUGUAGCCACCACAAGCAGUUCUGGAAAUCCUUGCUUCAGUGUCGAGAUGUCUGAAACUCAUUUGAGCAAGGGACCAUUGCUCACACCAAGGAGCUUCAUGAGGAACAUGCACAAGCCAGACUACGUAACGCUUAAAGUUGGAAGCAGGCCUUGGAAUGUGAACUGGAUCCAUUCUUAUGAGAAAUCUAGUAGGUUCAGUGGAGGUUGGAGACAAUUUGCGAGCCAGAACAAACUGCAAAAGGGAGAUGUCUGUAACUUUGAGCUGAUCUCAAAGACAAAUGAGAUUGCAGUGCUGAAGGUUUCUAUUACGAAGAUGUAUGCUUGA